AUGAAAGGCGAUGACAGCGAUAUCAAGCGCUUCAACGUGUGGUGCGCUUCUCUUGGCAAAGCAAGCAAAGCUCAGGGCAAAGGCGAUGAACGAAAUGAACGAAAUGAGUUUGAAGGCACCUUGAAGGUCCGGGUGUUCCGGAGUGAAGAUCCCGGCUUGGGGUGUGGGCUGUUGGCCACCCAGCCCAUCGCCGCGGGCGAAGUCGUCUCCGUCCCUGUGGGCUGCGUGCUGACGCUUCCGGCCGCCGCCAGGUCUGUCGUGGGCCAAGCUCUGCUCCGAAGACUUGAAGGCCAGGGUCGCGUCAGUGCCCAAGCGCUGAUGUACUUGGUGAUGAUCCAUGGGAGGCACGAGGCGUCGUCUGCGUGGCACGAGUAUCUGCGACAGAUCCCGUGGCGCCACGGGGACCCUCUGUGGUGGGCGCCCGGCGAGCGCCGGCAGCGCCUGGCGGGGACUCAGCUCCUGCACGACGCCGACCGCCACGAGGCCCAGCUGCGCGCGGUGCACGGCGCGCUCUUCCCCGCCUUGAGCCGCGAGAUGCCCCACCUCUUCCCCGAGGAGCGCUUUGGCUUCGAGGCCUUUUGCUGGGCGCGCUCCGCCCUGGCCUCCCGGUGCUUCUCGCAGCCCGCUUGGCUUAACCCGGAGGAGUCAUGCAACGCGGCAAGCGAGACGCCGCUGGCGCUGACGGAGGAGGAGAGUCGGCGCCUGGUGAUGGACUGCCCGGAAGUGAUGCUCUGCCCGUUGCUGGACUCAGCCAAUCACAGCUCCGUGCAGAUGAAGCUAGGGCUCUGCAUGCGUGAUGGCCAGGUGCACCUGGGCAUCUCUCAGGCGUGCGCAGUGGCAGCCGGCGAGGAGUAUUUUAUCAAUUACGGCGCGCGCUCCAAUCUGCAGCUGCUGCUGGGCCAUGGCUUCUGCGUGCCUCGGAAUUUCUUGGACUCGGUGCCCUUGAGGCUCAGCGCGGGGCAUGCGGGGAAUGCGGCGCCCUGGCCGGCCUUGGAGCUGCGGCAGCGGGCCCUGCGCGCCGCCAAACUGCAGCUGGACGAGGUGCACGAGCUGUCGCUGGCCCGGCCGCUCCCGACGAAGCUGCUGCGGCUGCUGCGGCUGCUGUGUCUGCGCCCCGCGGCCCUGGAGAAGCAGCUGGAGCAACACGAACGCGAAUGCCAACGCCAGCAACGCCUCGAGUUCAGCGAAUUCAGCAAAUUCAGGUCGGACGGCACGGGCAACUCGGGCUCGGACCUGGACAGCCUGGGCUCCUCGGACCUCUCGGACCCCGGCUGCGAGCGGGAAGUCUUCCGCAUCCUGGAGCAGCAGCUGCAGAGGAAGCUGCAGGCCUUGCCGGCGGCCUCGGAGGCGGACACGGGCACGGACCACGCUGCGGUGUAUUGCGCGGGUCAAAGGGAGAUCUUGGCCGCGUCCCUUGCGGAGCUGAGACGCACCUUCCAUGCGAUUGCCACGGAAGAGGAGGAGGAAGAGGAAGAGGAGGAAGAGGAAGAGGAAGAGGCGGACGAGGUGCUGGAGCUUUCAGAGUUUCCAGCCAAGCGCCCUCGCUUGGGAGACCCGCGAGGCGAACGAUAG